UCACCGUCUAAUCAGAGAUAACAGAGUCGGUUCACAGUCAGGGCCCGACACGCUCGCUCGACACUCUCGAUAAUAUUACUCUUAUAUUAAAUAGUGCUUGCAAAAAUGGGGGGAAGCGUGAAAAAGUAUUUCAAAAAGGAGUGCCAACUUCGAAUGUGUUCGUUGGACUAUGAAGAUCCGUCAGAUUUCUGUAUAAGUUGUUGGCAAAGGAACCGGUCCGUAUGGCCUUUAUUAUUGAUCAGGGCUUUAAUUAUGAUAGGCUGUGUGGGUACUGUGAUUUCCUCGUUAGUGAUCAUGGGAUCCGACAUGGGCGCAGGCCACUGGUUCAUUUUCAUGACACAUUGGGGUUUAAUUGUAAAUACUGUGGCAUCCAUACUGGCGUUCAGUGUCUCUCUUGCAGAGCUCAUCAAAGGAGAAGAUUCGACGCCACCGACGCUCGUGAAGUGUUACUGGCUGUGUUACAACACCGCUAUCACUAUAGCCUUCUUCAUCACGAUAUUCUACUGGUCCUUGCUCACCGAUGUUGUGGAAGGUGACUACGCCCUGAAUAAAGUGCUGGACGUGUUCAUCCACGGCAUCAACUCGGUGCUGAUGUUCUUCCUCCUGGCGACGUCACGCCACCCCCACAGGCUGAUGCACUUCUACAUCCCGGUGCUGUUCGGUAUCAUCUACAUGAUCUUCAGUAUUAUCUACUACUUCGCCGGAGGACUGAGUCCAUUCGGCACAAAUUGGAUAUACCCGAUGCUGGACUGGUCGAAACCCGGUGAGACUGUGUUAAUGAUCGUGGGAACAGCUAUACUGAUCAUUGUGAUACACAUGAUCGUUACCGCCAUGACCGUGGGCCGGGACGCCCUCACCAAGAAGUAUAGAGACACCACGGUUAUACCCAUAUCCAACGGCCAAAGUACUGGGAUGUCCAGCAAUUACUUAAGAUAGACAAUAAGCUGUUAGAAGUCAAGCCUGGACCUUACACAAAGGCAAACCAAGUGUUGCAAACAAUCCUGCAUCUGGAAUAAUAUGAGAUUAAUAAAUGAAUGUAGCGUUUUUGGACGACUUAGUUUCAAAAAUAAAUAAAUUGACAUGACAUAAUACACUCAUCACUAGCUUGAGUUAGUAAUGUUGUUGGUUUGUGCUACUUAAUAGCUUUAAGAAGGCAUUUGUAUAUACUGCCGCCGAAAUAAAUGAUUGAAUGGC